AUGCCGAAGAAGCGACCAGCUGCAUGCUUGGACGAUGGGGAUGAUGAUGAGAAAGAUGAGGAGCCGUUGCCAGUGCAGGCACACAGACAGCCAGGUUUCAAGGAUGCUAAGCUUUUGUCCUCCUGUUUGGCACCCUUCAUCAAGAAACGACACGACAUGAACUACACGUCUGCCAGACAAAUCAAGAACAUCCAGAGGCACAAACUCACGAACAAGUGCACUAGCACGGAUUCGGAGGAACACGAGGCGUUCCUGCAGAACGAUUGGUUCAUGAAUGCCUUCGAUGACAUGCUGGGGGGCAACGACCCGACCGUGAGCUGGCUUCGACGAACUAUUGGGAAAACUUAUGUUCCCAAGUCACUUCAUGACAUGCCUGGCCUGGCCUCUGCAGUGAACGACAUCCUUGCUCAUCCAGCCAUUCAUCUCCGAGUUCUGCCCGAUGCAGUUCUGAGCAGCAAAUUGCUCGCUCACGCCCACGAAGUCAUAGGGUGGGAAAAUCCUGCCUACGGCUACGAGCUUGAGGGUAUCAUGGAAUCUUCCUUGAUUCUGACAUGGGGUGCAAACCCCCGCUGUGCAAAUGAAGCGGGUGCAGUGGCUUUCUCCAUGACGCCGCAGCCGCAGGCCAUCGGCACGUCGAGACCCAGCAGCCUCAAGCGGAAGACCGAGAACGAAAAGCCCGCACCACCGCAAAAGGAACCCGAGAAGGAGAAGCCCGCACCACCGCAAAAGAAGCCCGAGAAGGAGAAGUCCGCACCACCGCAAAGGAACCCCGAGAAGGAGAAGUCCGCACCGCAAAAGAACCCCGAGAAGGAGAAGUCCGCGCCGGAAAAGAAACCCGAGAAGGAGAAGCCCGCUUCUUCCCAGCAGAAGCCCGAGAAGGAGAAGCCCGCCAUCACCCGGAAGGAGGGCGACAUAUGGUGGGAGGAAACUUUAGGAAAGGCUUGUCGCCAGAUGAAGAAGGGCACGGAUGUUUCCGGGCAACCGAGCCUGAAUGAGGCUGGCUCGGUGGUUGUGGUGUUUGACGAUGGGACCGAAUGGAUGCCGCCACUGAUCCCUGCCGAUCUCGCGAAGUUCGCUUCCGCUGGUGGGUCUGUGAUGUCCGUACCUAAGAAGCCCAAUAAGGCACCUCGACCGGCUUCGGAUAAGCCUGUGCCAGACUACUGCCUGCCGACGAUCCGGGCGAAGUUCUCCAAACAGGGCAAAUGCUCGCCCAUAAUAAAAGUGGAAGCUCGGUGCGACCGGUACAAUCUGUCGUCGGCAUGGAAGCAGCGACUACAGGUUGUGGUGAAAGGCGACAUGACGGCCACCGUAGGAAUGAACAUCUGCUCGACAUUUUGUGACUGCUAUGAGCACCUCAACCUCAAUCAAGGGCUGUUGGACUUCAAGCAGUGCAGAAACAACUUGAUCGAAAUGUGGCAAAAUGGCACACACGACUUUGCCGCAUCGAAGAUGUCAUGGGAGCUUCUUUCCAAGCAGAUGAAGGAUGCUUUCCCUCCGGCACCGACGAUGCUCUAUUUUACUUCAGAGAAGUCGCUCGCCGAAGAGGCGGAUGAGGAUGAGGAGCCUGACAACGAAGACGAGGAGGAGCAGCAGGCCAAUGGUGCUUCCCAGGCAGAGCCACAGGCCGAUGGUGCUUCCCAGACAGAAGAGCCGCAGGCCGAUGGUGCUUCCCACGCAGAGCCGCAGGCCGAUGGUGCUUCCCAGGCAGGUGCUUCCUCGGCUUUGCAGACAAAUCCAGCAUCUACGUCUACUGGUGGUGAUGGAGACGAGCAAGGUGUGCGAGAUGUGCAAAAGGCCAUCGUCAACUUUGCUUCGUACCACAAGCUAGAUGUGUCGGCAGUGACGAAGAAGCAGGUGAUCGACUCUACCGAAGGCAUCAUGUUCUGGGCUACGCAAAAGGAAGAUCUUUCGGCCCGUGGCUCGCAUGCUCAGCAGAUGAAGCGAGCCAUGAAGUGGCGACCAGACAUGAGUGCCGCUUACAUGGUACUCACCGAUGCGAUGAAGCUCGAGUUUCGACGUGCUUGGACGGCUACCAAGUCUUUCGACUUUAUGGUCACGACUCGUACCACCUCUACGUCUUUCAGAAAAAGACGUGAUGAAAUCGGAAAGUUUGUUACCAAGCUUCAGUUGGUCAACAUCCUCGGCGGCACCGAUCAACCUGAAGCAGUGAGGCAGGCGGAUCGCUACAUUGCUAUGUGCUCACGACCGGGCUUGAAGGACGAAAGCUUUCUCAACUUCGAGUUCUGCACCCUCUACAAUGAUGGGUUGGAUGCCAUGACCUAUUUUUGGGUGGAGACGUUGAUUUCAUCGAGCAACGAGCAGCAGUGGACCAACACGGUCACAGUGGAAACUAGGGAGACUGUGCCCAACAGCCUCGCCGAGAAGGUCAAUGUGUGCCAAGCACUACGUGCUUAUGCUCAUGCGAUGCAGAAGCCUCUUAACCAGGUCUCUGAAAAGGAUGUUGCCGAGACUACUUUGGGUAUCAAGGGCUACGCCGAGCUCUACAAGACCAUGUCCCCCGAAGCCCAAGCAAACUUCCCGAGGAAGGAUGGCAGCAACAACGCAGCCUUCACCAAGACUGGAAAGGAUGCUGUUGAAGCAGGCAGAGCCAAUAAGAGAACCAAGCAGGCGGCUGAGGAAGCCGAUGGCAAUGGAAGUCCUGGCCCGGACGGCUCUGACACUCCGAACCCGAAAACCAAAACCAAGAAGGACCAGACAGGCCCUAAGAAAGAGAAGGAAGUGAAAGAGUUCCUGGCAAUGGAACAAAGCUCAGAUGUGGCCAUCGGCCGUGUGAUGCAUGAGAAAGCAAAAAACCCCGAUGGCUGGACUUGGGCUUCUGACCUGCUGGCCUCCUACAAGAACUUUCGCACUGAGGUUCUCAAGCUCUACUGCGACAACCCUGACUUCCAAUCGCUCAAGGUGGCAGCCCUCAGCCCCAAGGAGAGUGCAAAGAUCAAGAAGGAGCACGGCGACGGCUACGUGGGCAAGCUGGUGGAGUUUGUCACUGUCCUGGGGCCGCCGAUCACCAAGAUGGCCGAGGCAGCCUUCCAAAUUGAGCAAAUGGCGAGUGCCAAACUUUCGGCCGCAGAAGUCACCGUCGCCAACGACGACAUGCGGCAGAAGCUCUAUAGGAUUUUGAUUUAUCGCCGAAAGACCCGGGGCCGAACUUUGUCGAAGGCUUUCCCUGCUCUGGGCCUCCCGAAGGGCAGCCGCCUGGAGCCGUCAGCUGCAAUGCCUGAUGUUGCACUUUUCGAUAGCAUGACUACUCCCUUUACCUGCCAGUUUUACCUUGGUGGUGAGCAUGGAAGGGUUUUGCACGACAGCCCUUUUCUUCGGAUACCUGGUGUCAGCCUUGCCACAUGGAAUAUUGACCUUCUUCACACGUGGCAUUUUGGGCCGCUAUCUACCUUUAUCACAGUGACUUUGAGAAGGUUUUUGGACACUGACAUUUGGAAGCCAUCAAUCGUGGGGCUAGACAAAGAAGAGCUCAACAAACUUUCUUUGCUCUGCAUGAGAGCUGAACUACAAAGCCACUACAAGCUGCGACGGCAAACUGACCCGAACUGGUCGAAGAAGGGCUCCGAGGUCUGGAAUCUGACGCUUUCGAUGCUUGCGGAGAAGCACUUGAAAGCCAAAGCGGCCGAGACGCACGGAUUGCUCGCAUUCGUGUGUGAGAUGUUGCAAAAGUACAGUCAUCAGCUGUCGACCAGCGGCAGCGAACAGGACCAGUUGUUUUUUGAGCUUUUGCGACACGCCGGGCAAAGUGCCCUGGCUUUUGAUGCUGUGCUGGCCAGACAUGGCCGACAAAUCGAUGAAGGAGCUGCCGAAGAGAUGCUGAUGCAUUACAACCGCUUCAUGGUACUGUGCAAUCGUGCUGGCCUUCCGAUAUUGCCCAAAGCCCACUUGAUGUACCACUGCAUCCAGAGGUCUGUCGAACAGGGCAACCCGCGAACAUACACAACAUACGUGGAUGAGUCUUACAAUGGGGCGAUUGCCAGAGUCUGUCGGUCGGUGCACAGACGAGGCUGGGCUUAUGCUGUCUAUCGCAAACUUCAGAUUUUGGAAACCGUGAAAGCGGAGUCGCGAACUGGCGAUGGCAUGGAUUGCUCUGGAGGCACGGUUUUCAAACCUUAUUAUAUAAGAUGA